AUGGCGCAAGCAGAUAAAGUGGUCCUGCGCGUAAGGGCGUAUGGACAACAGGGCGUGGAAUUUGCACUAUCUGGACCAAAAUAUAAUAAUUCUAAAGUCACUUCCAUAUGGUGGUUGAUUAGUGUAUUGCUAUUCAUCUCUGGAGGCGCGUUAUCGUCAAUUGAGUGCAGUGUAUCAUUCUCCAUUCGACUGAUAGUGGGCCUGCUGCUGGCUGCAUUGGCUGCAUUCAUCUACCAAGUUUCAGGAAGCGUCAUAGUCGAAGAGGCGAUGCUGGUGGUUCCGGCGCUUGGAGUGAGGCUGAGUCAAAAGCGACGCAAUGGCUCAAUGACGAGCAAGUUUGUGGACUUGGACACGAUUUGUGGCGUGGCGGUGAACGAGGCGAUCACCUUUUCAAAUGUGGUGUACUCGUUGGUACUUAUGGUGGAAGGAGAAAGCGACAUGGUGCUACCAUUCAAGACGUUCCGGCCACGGGUGACCGUGUUGCAGGACAUUUACCACGAAACUAAAUUGCUGCUUUUUCCCAACGGCAGCGACCGAAAGAUGUGUCUUCCGAAUGACGUAGCGCCUCGACCGUGUUGA